AUGCGGGCGAAACUUUUGUCGCGCACUAAUAAAUGUGAUUAUAAAUCAACUUCAAAUUUACUUUGUCGUAUUGUUGGUUUUACAAUAAAUAAUGACGAAAUGUCGGAAUUGAAUGCUCAAAUUUUAACUCAAUCACAAAUUUUAUCAGGUUACAAUUAUCCAGUUCGCAUUAAUAAUGGACGUAUUCACCUGAAUAGAUUUCUAUUUCAACCUAAACCAAUUUCAAAAUUAACAAUUAUCUAUUUCGGUACAGAUUAUGAACGACAAAAAAAAUUUAACAAAAAAAUUUUGUAA